GAAACUGCUGUCUAUACACUAAUGCCGAUGGUUAUGGCUGACCAGCACAGGUCUGUCUCAGAGCUGCUGUCAAAUUCAAAAUUUGAUGUGAAUUAUGCAUUUGGACGUGUGAAGAGAAGUUUGCUUCAUAUUGCAGCAAACUGUGGAUCAGUUGAAUGUCUUGUUCUAUUAUUAAAAAAAGGGGCAAAUCCAAACUAUCAGGACAUUUCAGGAUGCACACCUCUCCAUUUAGCAGCAAGGAAUGGCCAGAAGAAAUGUAUGAGCAAGCUGCUGGAAUACAGUGCAGAUGUCAACAUUUGUAAUAAUGAAGGCUUGACUGCAAUUCAUUGGUUGGCUGUCAAUGGCCGAACAGAAUUGCUUCAUGAUCUUGUUCAGCAUGUUAGUAAUGUAGAUGUUGAAGAUGCAAUGGGACAGACAGCCCUUCAUGUAGCUUGUCAGAACGGACACAAGACAACGGUGCAGUGUUUGCUAGACAGCGGUGCAGAUAUAAACAGGCCGAAUGUGUCAGGGGCAACUCCGCUCUAUUUUGCUUGCAGCCACGGUCAGAGAGACACUGCACAAAUUCUUUUGAUGAGAGGAGCCAAAUAUUUACCGGACAAAAAUGGUAUUACUCCACUGGAUCUCUGUGUACAGGGUGGUUAUGGAGAGACUUGUGAAGUCUUAAUACAAUACCAUCCUCGACUUUUCCAGACAAUAAUUCAAAUGACACAGAAUGAAGAUCUACGGGAAAACAUGUUGCGGCAGGUUCUGGAACACUUGUCUCAGCAGAGUGAAAGCCAGUAUCUUAAAAUCCUAACAAGUCUUGCUGAAGUUGCUACAACAAAUGGUCACAAACUGCUUAGCUUGUCAAGUAAUUAUGAAGCUCAAAUGAAGAGUCUCUUAAGGAUCGUGAGGAUAUUUUGCCAUGUCUUUCGCAUUGGCCCAUCCUCUCCCAGUAAUGGAAAUGACAUGGGCUACAAUGGAAAUAAAACUCCAAGAAGUCAGGUGUUCAAGGUCAGAAAAGUAUAUGAUGUUGUUAGGAAGAUAGACGUUAAAGAGAUGAAUUUCACAAAGCAUGCAUUCAUUAAUCAGACAUCUCAUGAACAGGAACCGCUGGAACUGCUCUGGCAUUCUCUAGAUGAAUGGCUCGUUCUUAUAGCCACAGAGCUGAUGAAAAACAAAAGGGACUCUGCCAACAUUACUUCUAUUUUACUGAAGCAAAAAGGACCAGAUCACCAGGAUGCUACUCCUACGCCUUCCUUUGCCGAUGCAGGAACUGAGGGCAGGAAAGAGCUAUCCGCUGAUGCUGGCGAGUCAAAAGCAUAUGAUGUUGCUGGGAAGCAGGAAGCUUGUGCUGAUUGCCAGGAUGUUAUCUCCAUGACAGCAAACAGGCUAAGUGCUGUCAUUCAGGCCUUUUAUAUGUGCUGCUCCUGUCAGAUGCCUCAGGGGAUGACAUCGCCUCGUUUUAUAGAAUUUGUCUGUAAACACGAUGAUGUCCUUAAGUGUUUUGUUAACCGAAAUCCCAAAAUAAUUUUUGAUCACUUUCAUUUUCUUCUUGAGUGUCCUGAACUAAUGUCCAGAUUUAUGCACAUCAUAAAAGCUCAGCCAUUUAAAGAUCGUUGUGAAUGGUUCUAUGAACAUUUGCAUGCGGGGCAGCCAGAUUCGGACAUGGUGCACAGGCCUGUAAAUGAAAAUGACAUCCUUUUGGUUCACAGAGAUUCUAUUUUUAGGAGUAGCUGUGAAGUUGUGUCUAAAGCGAAUUGUGCAAAACUAAAGCAGGGGAUUGCUGUGAGAUUUCAUGGAGAAGAAGGCAUGGGACAGGGUGUGGUGCGUGAGUGGUUUGAUAUCUUAUCCAGUGAAAUAGUUAACCCAGAUUACGCCUUAUUUACCCAGUCAGCUGAUGGAACAACUUUCCAGCCCAACAGCAACUCUUCUGUAAAUCCAGAUCAUUUGAACUACUUCCGUUUCGCAGGCCAGAUCCUGGGGCUAGCUCUGAAUCACAGGCAGCUGGUGAACAUUUACUUCACAAGGUCAUUCUACAAACAUAUUCUUGGUAUACCUGUAAAUUAUCAGGAUGUAGCAUCUAUUGAUCCAGAGUAUGCAAAGAACUUGCAGUGGAUUUUAGAUAAUGAUAUCAGUGAUCUGGGUUUAGAGCUGACCUUCUCUGUUGAGACUGAUGUAUUUGGAGCAAUGGAAGAAGUGCCAUUGAAGCCAGGUGGUGCAAGUAUACUUGUUACACAGGAAAACAAGGUGAGUAUACAGGUUUAUUCAGAAGUUGAUAGUAUAAGAAAACUUGUUGGACUGACUUUUUGA